UUCGUCCUGAUCUGUGCGCUAUACGAGCGCUAUCUCAUUACUAUACGAUCUCCUUAUCUGAAACGUUUUCAACGACAUCGAAGCACCGCCUGUGUGAUAUCGUUUCUGGUAGCGUUAGUCACUAAAGGCGGAAUUUUUCUGGAACUUGACAUCUUCCCAGACGACGAUGAAUCAUGUCAGCAAACGGUAAACGAGUUCUAUGUGGAUAUGACGGCCAUCAAUUCAAAACCACUCUAUGGAACUGUGUAUCGAUUUUGGAUACGGAAUAUCGUGACUGUAUUCGUGCCGUUCUUCCUUCUAACACUUAUCAACUUCAAAACUCUGGUCAAAUUGAAAGCACAACUGAAACAAGCGAAAAUCGAUCAAGAACGUCGAUUUUCCAUGCGUUGUGAAAGCAAGAGCAAGGUUCGAUCAGCCACCUGGACCCUGCUGCUCGUCUGCCUACUGUACCUCCUUGCCAAUCUACCAAAUGUGAUAGUGACAGCUUGGGAAUUCAUUGAUAUGAAAUCAUUGCAAACCGAAUUUUAUGCAUUCUACAUGUUUUCAACAGACCUCGUUUCCCUACUGGUCGUCACAGCAUGCGCCAUGCGUAUGCCAAUCUACAUGGUACGAUUUCUUUUACUUGUAUUCGAAUUACAAAUAAUCAACAUAAUCGAAAGAAAUACGUUCUGA